GGUUUGUUUGGUUCACGCACAGCUACAGACGCACCAACUCGCAUACAAGAACAAAACAACACAACACACAACACAGACACAUAGACAGAAGACACCCUUUGGCAAGCAAGCUGUGUGACGUUUUGAAGUUGUUGUCUCAAGAAACCUGAAGCAGCAAGCACACAAGCAGAAGCAGACACAAAGAGCGAGUACCCCUCCCGAACAAGUCAGCAGCUGGGGCACCGUACGCGCGGUCGCGGCCAAGCAACGAUCAAGGCAUCAGCAACUUGGACGUAAACACGGCGGCCUGCUUCCACUUCGAGCACACUCCGCGGAUGGAGGCAACGGCAACGUACUCGACGCGACAGACCCGUGCAGCAGCAUGUUUUCCUCAUCACGAGAUUAACGACCAAGACAAUGCUGGUCGUCGCCCUCCCUGCCACCACGUCGCCGACAGCACCAUGCACAGCAGCGUGGCAGCAGGCGGGGAGACACAGGAGGAGGAGGAUGAGAACGAGGAGCAGGAGCCGGGAGUAGUGAGAACCCCAACAGGAGACGACAGCCCCAGCGACAGAAGCAUCGAAAGCGAGCUUGUACCGUCACAUGGAAACCAACCUCGAUACCACAGACCCCUCAACCGAGUGGCACGCUUCCCCGACGAGGAGCGUGACGCGCAGCAGCAGCAGCAACACUGGCUACAGGAGCAACAACAAGAGCAACUCGGGCGCAAGGAAAGACAAGUGCACAAGGAGGAAGAAGUAUGCCAUGCAGUUGCCGUGACAGCGCCGAAAACAGUGAUCACCUCGAUAACACAACACGGCAUGCAUGGUCUCACCGUGCUUCGCCCGCCACGCAGAAGGGGAGCGGUUGCAUCGCCGGAGAAAACGCCAACAGAAGACCAAGACAUCCACAGGCAGACACAUGCAAGACACACCCCUGACCACCGGCCUGAGCACCAGCAACGGCACACCAGCAGCAGGGAGGAGACAGCAAAUCGAGCACAGGUGGUGGUGGCGGUGAAUGUCACGGAUGGAAGGUCAGGUGAUGGCGCCGCGACUAGAAACCCGUAUAUGUGCGACGGCGCGCCAGACCAGGACGCUGAUGUUGAUGAGGGACAAGGCGUUGGUGAACAACAAAGGCCACAGAGCAAUGGGCCGCUUGUACGUGAGCAGGCGGUACCAGAUGUGCAUCGCAGGUGUUCGUGCAAACAGAGUGGAUGUGCGCGUGAUGAGAGAAGCCGUGGGCAGGAAGCUGAGACACCGUGCGUCGCUGAUGAGGAGGACACGUCAGUUAGGAUUAGCGAAGACAGCGCGGCAACUGUGGCAGAGUCAGGCAGGAGGAGGAAGAAGAAGCGAAGCAAGAAGAGCAAGGGCGACAAGAGCAAGAAGAAGGGCGAGAAGGGACCCCUUAAGAUUGGUGGCAGGAGAACGGCCGUCGCCGCACACCCGCUCGUGCUCCCGCGGCCCUCACCAGCCACCACGAAGAAGAUGACGACGGACGAGGCGUUGCGGCAGCGGGGUCUACAGCGGCAGCGGCUGCUUGGCGCCGGCACAUUCGGUGAUGUCUUCCUCGUGCGCACGCGUGACGGCGCUCACCGCACAGACAGCCCGAGCUACUCCGACACGUCCAUGUCAACAGCGUCGUCACCCUCUGUCGGGCCAUGCAUCAACAACAGCAGCGUUGUUGCUGGUGGUGGCGGUGCUGGUGGUGUGGACGGAUCGAUGGUGUUUGCGCUCAAGAUUAUGCCAAAGACCGCGGAUGAGGCGUUUCUGGACGCCGUGAGGGAGGAGGCAUUGAUCGGCUUUCAGCUAAACCACCCGCACAUUGUGCGUGCGUUUGAGAUGUUCGAGACGCGACACAGCAUCUGCCUGCUGCUUGAGGCCGGUGAGGCCGGCGAUCUGUACGACGCCGUUCACUCUGGUGCUUUCGACUGCGGCUACGCGGGUCACACCAGCCAAGUCCUCCUCCAGGUCAUCGUGUUGUCUGGGCUGGAGUUUCUGCAUCGGAACAAGCAGCUCGUGCACUGCGACAUCAAGUGCGAGAACAUUGUCCUCACCCCGACCCACAAGGCCAAGAUCUGCGACCUCGGGACGUGCCGGCGUGUUGGGCAUGUGCAAACGAUUGUGAAUGGAACGCCAGAGUACCUGAGUCCCGAGCUCGUGGAGGUGUUUUACACGCACCCAGACCUCAGACAGCCGUACACGAUUACGCCUGCCAUUGAUCUGUGGGCAUUUGGGGUGUUGUGCUUCUUUGUGCUGACACACGAGAAGCCGUGGACCUUUGCGCACCCCGACAACGACCGGUUCCGUGACGCAAUCAUUGAAUGCACACACGUGCAUCGCCCCUGGGCCACAUUCGACGCCACCCUCAUCCGCUUCUUCGCGACGCUGCUCGUGCUCGACGCAAGCAAACGGCCCGCCCACGAGGACAUCCGCGCCAUGAUCAAAGACGACUGGGCAAACGUGUGCCGGCACUGGCGCAGCAUUCAUGCCGUCACAUACGUGUAA